AUGUCCAGGUCCCCUCCAGCAGCUGACUCAUACCAGCAGGGCUGCAUCAGGAUGACCCUUGAGAACGCAGAUCUCUGGAAGUCCUUUCACAGCAUCUGGACAGAGAUGAUUAUAACAAAGCAUGGAAGGAGAAUGUUUCCACACUGCAGCAUCAGUCUAUCUGGGCUUCAACCUUUUGCCAAUUAUGUUGUCAUGGUAGAUAUGGUUCCUGCAGACAGCUUCAAAUACAAGUGGAAAAAGGAGCAGUGGGAGGUCGCGGGGAAGGCAGAGCCCCAGCCCCAGUGUCGGACAUACAUGCACCCGGACUCCCCUGCCCCAGGAAGCCACUGGAUGAAGCAGUCAUUGUCUUUUCUCAAGAUGAAGCUCACCAACAACACCUUGGACCAGCACGGCCAUAUCAUUCUGCACUCCAUGCAUCGCUACUACCCCAGGUUCCAUGUCUGCCAGGCAGAUAGUCCUUACACUGUCCGCUGGGGCCCAUUUCAGACCUUCUCCUUCCCAGAGAUGACCUUCACUGCAGUGACCGCUUACCAAAACCCAAAGAUCACUAAAUUGAAGAUUGACCACAACCCCUUCGCUAAGGGAUUCAGGGAGGGGGGCACCCACUCCCACAGUAAAAGGUGUCGUUCAAAUAGAAGCCCUCCCGCAAAAAGAGCUUUCCUGGACAAGAAAGCUCUUUGCAACAGUCCCCCAGGCCUGCAGAGGAUGCCCUCCACCUCUCAGUCAGUGCAGGCAAUGAAGAAUCAGGCCUCCACACAGCCGUUAUUGAAGGGGGGUCACCUUUCAGCCUGGGCACUGGAGCAGGACCCAUCCGAGAGUCCACACGCUGAGCCCCCGGAGCUGCACGAGUAUGACUACAGCUGUGAAGAACAGAUGGUGCCUGCAUCCACGGCAUACCAGCCCUACAGACCUGCGGAGUACGCCAGAUUUCCAUUGCCUUCCAAUGACGUGGAUCCAGCAUACAACCCCAUCCACCCUCCCCCUCAUCCACUUGCCACAGCUGAACACAACGGCCAACAACAUGGCUACUACCACCAUCCCCACCACCAUAGCCACGCAGCGGAUUGGAGCCAGUACCCGCUCUUCUCCUACUCCAAUUGGUGA